AAGUGAACAUUUCUCCCAUGGGUUUAGCUAGAAAUUCAUUCGAUUAGCCGUGCAGUUGGCUAGUCAUCACAAAGUGGAGUGUUAUUGCGAUAUCGCUAACUUAAUUGGCUUCGAUCGUUUGCUGAGCUUAUCAGUUUUGUGCGCGUUUACCUACAGAUAUCAUGCCCGUGUGUGGAACAAAACUGUCUGUUUUGGGAAUGGUGAUUUCCGUUUGGGGGAUCCUUCAAUUGUGUUUGCUGGGUUUCAUGUACCAGAACCGGGCAGUCGCUUUGGUGGAGGAUUUUCCGAAAUCGAUGUUGGACAAAGUGUACAACAGCUCUGGUGAAUUUUACGCGGAAGCCGAUCAAAAGUUCGAUGAUUAUGCCUUCCAAUGUUGGAUUGCAGCUGGUCUCUACGUGGUUACGUUACUGUUCUCAAGUUAUCAAUAUUAUGCUAAUAGUCAAACUGUAGUUGACGAUAUUGAUCAAUAAAACAUAUUUUUUCUUUUCAAUAGAACUGUUGAAUAAUGGUAA